CAGUGGGUGGAGUGAGUGCUUAAAUACCAGGCUGCCUGUCCUCUGGCCACUUGACACCUGGACUGGGACCGCACAGCCAAGCAUGGCCAGCCUGCAGGCUCCGCUCUUGGCUGCCCUCGCCCUCCUUUCGGUGAUGCUUCAAGCAACUGACGCAGGACCCUACGGAGCCAACAUAGAGGACAGCAUCUGCUGCCGGGACUUCAUCCGCUACCCGCUGCCGCCGGGCGUGGUGAAGAGCUUCUACUGGACCUCGGACACCUGCCGCAGGCCUGGCGUUGUCUUGCAAACCAUCAAGAACCGGGAGAUCUGUGCUAACCCCAAACUGACCUGGGUAAAGAAGAUUCUCCAGAAGCUGAGCCCAUGAGGAGGCACCAGGAUGACCAUGGCCUUGGCUUCUCCAGGAAGGCUCCCCAAGCCCUACCUCUCCACCAUUGCAGCUGCUCCCCACAGAAGCCUGUGCCUGUAACUCUCUGUGUGCCCUCUCAUCUCCAUUCCUGCAGCUCUCACCCCCUGCUGGGCCUUCCUUCAGUCCCCUCCAGCCCCUUCUCUGCCCCACUGCAGCCAGGAUCCCUGUCUUGACCACUUCCUGGCUCCCACUGCUCCAGAAGACGUCAGACCCUGCACCUGGCUCCAACCCAUCAGAUCUGGGUGCCUUCUUUGUGCCCAGCCUCACCCGCUUUCCCUUCCUGCACGUUGGGCUCUAGCUUCCCAUUCUCCAAACCAACGAUGCCCAUUUCUCCUUGGGGGUCUUUCCAGGGCUAUUUUUGCUAUCCACACAUGGCCAGGACCCACACGGCCAGGGUUUGCUCAGCCCAACUAAUCAAAACAUUUUUUAGACUUUCCUGGCUGCUAGACUUCUCCCUGCUUCUAUCAGGCCUGACCACAGUCUGAUCAGAACUUUAAGGGUUUAGGGGCCCACCUUCCAGCCCCACUGCUUAGACCCAGCUCCCCCUCUUGUUACUUUGCUCUUCUGGACUCCAGCAUAGAGCACGGAGCCCAGGGCCUGGCUCAGAAUCAGAGAGCUCUGCAAGGGGCUUCAGACCGAGUCAAUAAAAGUGAGGUGUCCUCCUCCUCCCCCAAAAAGGGCACUUAUUUCUCAGUACAGAGAUCCAUGUCACUAGAAAGGAUAAGCUGGGUUAAUUGUGAAUUCCUGAUUUGCCCAAACUCACCUGUCUUCCCCAUUUUAACUAUUCGCUGGUUAUUUUUGCUUUUUUUCUUCCCUUGGAAUUUAUUGGUCUUCCACCGUGAAGCAUCCAGGCCUGCUCUCUUCAGAAUUCACCCCAGUCCAUUUCCCCCGCCUCCUUCCUUAAACAGCUGAUAAUUUGAAUGAAUUCAUGCCACGGUGUCGGUGGUGACCCUGGUUCGGUACUAUAAGCUACAGUUUUAUUUAUAUAUGAAAAGAGGGUAAUUAGUUAAGAGGUCAAGUGGAUGAAUGGGAGAAUUUGAGGAAUUGUGUUGGAGGGGACAAGGUGACACUUUCCUGGCCCCAGGAGGCAGCAGGCUAUGGAGGGGGGCUGUGUGUGUGAAGGAGCCUGGGGAAACUUGCUCUUGGGUGUUUGGGGCCAGGCUAAGAACCAGGACUUGGGACAGCAGUGUCCCAGACAAAGGGAAUAAACUUGACAAUGCUUGCUCUUUUCUGAGAGGGCCUGGUACCACUCAGUGAGGUGGCUGGAACUGUCAGACCCUGAGAAGACCGUGUCACUUCUCUGAGCCUCAUGUGACAGAUGAAGAUGAGAAUAGCCAUCUCACGGUUAUUGAAGGGCUUGGGUCCAAAGUACACCUUGUGCCAGCCAUGUAGCUCUGGGUCUUCCAGGCCUGUAUCCCUCAGCUGCCCACUGCCCAUGAAUGGAGUCCCCUCCUGUCCUACCCUUGCCCCUCAGGCCUUCUGGAAAAUAAAUCCUCUUAAACUGUG